GUAGGUCUCCAGGCACCGAGGCAGCGACACUAAUGAAGAUGAGUCACCGCUGAUUUCCCAGCUGGGGUGUUAUGAAAGUUGACAUAAAUCUUCAGAAAGUGGACAUUGACCAAUGUUCAAGUGAUGGCUGGUUUUCAGGAACUCACAGAUGUCACCUUAACAAUUCAGAGUGUAUGCCAAUUAAAGGUCUAGGAUUCGUGCUUGGAGCCUAUCAGUGCAUUUGCAAAGCAGGAUUCUAUCAUCCUCAAGACUUCUCAGUGAACAACUUUCAGAGAAGUGCAAAAGAUGUGUCAGAAGAAGCCCAUGUCUGCCUACCCUGCAGGGAGGGCUGCCCUUACUGUGCUGAUGACAGCCCCUGCUUUGUCCAGGAGGAUAAGUAUUUGCGACUUGCUAUCAUCUCCUUCCAAGCCCUGUGUAUGCUGCUCGACUUCGUUAGCAUGCUGGUGGUCUACCACUUUCGCAAAGCAAAGAGCAUCAGGGCAUCAGGUCUUAUCCUGUUGGAAACAAUUCUUUUUGGGUCUCUGCUUCUAUACUUUCCAGUUGUUAUUUUGUACUUUGAGCCAAGCACAUUUCGCUGUAUUCUCCUCAGAUGGGUCCGUCUUCUCGGUUUUGCUACUGUUUAUGGAACUGUCACUCUCAAGCUUCACAGGGUUUUGAAGGUGUUUCUUUCACGAACAGCCCAGCGGAUUCCAUAUAUGACUGGUGGACGGGUCAUGAGGAUGCUUACAGUAAUACUUCUGGUAGUAUUCUGGUUUCUUGUUGGCUGGACUUCAUCUGUUUGCCAGAAUUUGGAGAGGCAGAUUUCACUUAUUGGCCAAGGGCAAACAUCUGAUCACCUCAUCUUCAAUAUGUGCCUCAUUGAGCGCUGGGAUUACAUGACAGCAUUCGCUGAAUUUUUAUUCCUCUUGUGGGGUGUUUAUCUCUGCUAUGCAGUGCGGACAGUGCCAUCAGCAUUUCAUGAGCCACGCUAUAUGGCUGUUGCAGUUCACAAUGAGCUCAUUAUCUCUGCUAUAUUCCAUACAAUUAGAUUCGUUCUUGCCUCAAGACUUCAGUCUGACUGGAUGCUAAUGCUAUAUUUUGCACAUACUCAUUUGACUGUGACAGUCACCAUUGGGUUGCUUUUGAUUCCAAAGUUUUCACAUUCAAGCAAUAACCCCCGAGAUGACAUUGCUACAGAAGCAUAUGAAGAUGAGCUAGACCUGGGCCGGUCUGGGUCCUACCUGAACAGCAGCAUCAACUCCGCAUGGAGUGAGCACAGCUUAGACCCGGAGGACAUUCGGGAUGAGCUGAAGAAACUCUAUGCCCAGUUGGAAAUAUAUAAAAGGAAGAAGAUGAUUACAAAUAACCCCCACCUCCAGAAAAAGCGGUGCUCCAAGAAGGGCUUAGGCCGUUCGAUCAUGAGGCGUAUAACUGAGAUCCCAGAGACGGUCAGCAGGCAGUGUUCCAAAGAGGACAAGGAAGUCACAGACCAUAGCACAGCCAAAAGCACUACCUUGGCCAGGAAGAACCCACAAGAGUCUUCAGGUAACAACGGGAAGCCCAAAGAGGAGUCUCUGAAAAACCGGGUCUUCUCCCUAAAGAAAUCGCACAGCACUUACGAUCAUGUGAGGGAGCACACGGAAGAGUCCAACAGUUUACCAGUGGAAAGCCAAGAAGAGGAGGCUACAGAACAUUCCACACUGGAGUCUCUGUCAAGUAAAAAACUAACACAAAAACUGAAAGAAAACAGUGAGGCUGAGUCCACAGAGUCUGUGCCUUUGGUGUGUAAGUCAGCAAGCGCUCACAAUCUCAGCUCAGAGAAGAAGCCGGGCCACCCCCGAACAUCCAUGUUGCAAAAGUCUCUCAGUGUCAUAGCAAGUGCCAAGGAGAAGACUCUUGGAUUAGCUGGGAAAACCCAAACAUCAGGCAUGGAAGAUCGUGCUAAAUCCCAGAAACCUCUGCCAAAAGAUAAAGAAACAAACAGAAAAUACUCAAAUUCAGAUAACACAGAGACUAAAGAUUCUGCCCCCCAAAACUCCAAUCAUGUGGAGGAGCCAAGAAAACCUCAGAAAUCUGGGAUUAUGAAGCAACAAAGGGUCAACCCACCCACUGCCAAUUCUGACAUGAGCCCAGGCACCACCCAGAUGAAGAACAACUUUGACAUAGGGGAAGUGUGCCCUUGGGAGAUUUAUGACCUGGCCCCUGGUCCCGUGCCUUCAGAAUCAAAAGUUCAAAAACACGUAUCUAUUGCAGCUUCUGAAAUGGAGAAAAACCCAACUUUUUCCUUAAAGGAGAAAUCUCAUCAGAAGCCCAAGGCAGCUGAACUGUAUCAGCAAACCAAUCAGAAGAGCAUAGACAAGGCUGAGGUAUGCCCUUGGGAGAGCCAAGGUCAGCCUGGUUUUGAAGAUGAGAAGCCUUUGAUUUCCAAGACUCAGGUUCCCCCAGGGAGAGCCAAAGAUGAGAAUGGCGGUCAGCAUUAUGCAGCCAGUGUGUGUGCUGGGCAAUAUGAAGAACUGCCCCCCAAAGUUGUAGCAUCAAAAAUCGAGAAUGAAAAUCUCAACCCAACAGGAGACCAGAAUAAAAAGACAUCUUCCCCUGAGGAAAAUGUGCCCGGCUGCUAUAACUCAAGUAAUAACUUUCAGCAGCCUUUAACAUCACGAGCUGAGGUGUGUCCUUGGGAGUUUGAGACCCCAAAUCAACCAAAUGCUGAAAGAAGUGUAGCUUUACCUGCCUCUUGCACUCUAAGUGCAAAUAAGAUGGCAGGGCCUCGGAAAUAAGAGGUGUGGGAUACUUUUAAAGUGUAGCAUCCCCAGAAAGAAAAGGAGAAGGAAGAAACCCUUAAUUCGACAGAAGAUGGAAGGAUCAAAAAUUCCCAAGGAGUGUUUGUCAGUUGAGGGAAAUGUGAAAGGCACGGGUGGAAGAAGACCGGGAGGGCAGAGCAACAGCAAAGUGGAAGAAUUAGACUGGCCAGGGGAAGUUUUUCCCCUGGGAACACGAGGAGAAUCCUUACAUUUCAGCAUGGUCAGCGGGAGUCACCCUCACUGUCUGCCCCUAUCAGUAUUUACCCAUGGCACUUUGAAGAUCCUAAGCAAGGCCAACCAGAAGACACAGAAGAGGUAUGAGAUUUUGCAAAGAAGAAGGUAUAGAUCUAUAUGACCGAAAUUCUAAGUAGCUAACUGAACUUACUUUACCUAUUUAACCUUGAUAGCACUGCUAACUUAAUGCAUCCCAAAAAUACCUUUUAUAUUAAUGAUUGCUCUCAUUUUCUUAUAAAUGUAUGUUUCAGUACAUUGUUGUGUCUCAUAUUCAAGCAUUCCAGAUUGUAUAAUUUUUGCAAAUAACUUUGAUAUUAUGUGACACAACACAUUUAUGCAAUCCGCAGCUACUCAGUUGUUAUUGCAAGUUACAGAAUACCUGCUAUUUAUCGACUUUAGUUGAUCCUUGAAGUACAAUAAGCUUUCUCUGGCUUGGGAAGCCAUAACCGUUACAAUAAAAUCUUUUAGUUUUGGCUGUGGUUUAUAUAUUGUGAAUUUGGAUUUGACUCUAUUGUUUCGCAUCAUGGUUUGUUAUACUGUCUUAAUCAGGGUUUUUUAUACAAGUUGAGUUACUUGUUUUGCACUUCUUGUUAGGACUCAGAGAUCGAGCAGUCCUAUUUAGUCAUAUGUCUCAAUAAAGGACAACUUACCUAUUGUUUGUUCAGAGUCAGAGACAGGUAACACCUUCAUUCCAAUUUAUUGUCCCUUUUAACUCUUUCAGUAUUUCAUACUUAGCAGCAUUUCGCCAGGAAGAAGCUAAGAGUGCAAAAAACACACUGCGCAUGUUAUUACCACUGAAAAGGGAAGACUCUAGGAACGACAUGAGAAUUGCCACAGUACUGCAGAGCCAGGGAAUUUGCCUUUCAAAACACAGACAGGAAGGGAGCUACUGAUAGCACUUUUAAGGGAAUAUUUUUUUAAAGAGAAAAAUUAUGAUAGCAUCAAGAUCAUUGUAUGGAUAUAUUUUUAUUAUGCAUACUGAAUAUAUAUUUUAAAUUACCUUAAACUACUUAUUCUCAUAAGCUCUUAUUCAUUGCUUCAGCUAGGGGUAACACUUGCUGGGCUUAAAUCCCAAAGAGGUUUAUAACCUGAUAUAGUCAAAGCCUAUAAGGUGGUGUGGGCUCUUCCUUCUCCCAAGCACUGGAAAACUUACAAGUCCUGCAAAUUGCCAUUGUGAGCCACCCAGCUCAAAAUAGAAAAUGCAAGGUUUAUUUGCAAAGCAAAACAGCCCCCAGAGCAAAAUUUGUAAAUCGUACUGCCUUCCACCCUGAUCACUUGGCAUGAGACUCCUAAGCUGCUGACUUUGCUGACUUAGCCCUACUGAUGUGAUCAUGCAAAGAGAUUCCAUUCCAAAGCUCAGUCUCAUUUUAUUUAAAGAUGAAUCGCUUAAGAAUAAAAUGCAGACUUCCCUUUCUCUCGUGCUAGACACAAUGAAGGAUCAACGUCUUCUUUGGCCAGGACAUUUCCAGCCUAACUAAUGGCUUUUCAUUUCAUGAGCAGCAAGGAGAACAUGCUAGGAGGAUAAAAGAUAAGAAAAGAGAAUCAGAAGGUAGAUACAGGGCUGUUCUGAGAAAAUACCAUUCUCAGUGGAAACUAGAAACUAGGACUUCUCCUUAUUCAUCAUCAAAAUUUUCUCAAUGGUUUGUAUUCAGGAGUAAGUGAGCACGUCACCAUUUGCAAAGCUGUGCAUCCAUCUUCCUCACCCAUUCGCUUGCUUUGUGCAUUACUCAGGUUGGUGGGGUAGGUGUGAAGAGAUAUAGAAAUUCUGUUUUUCUGUGUUUCCUUCAUUUACUUCCUUCUUUUCUUUCUUUUCAGUCAAGGCCUCUCCAUUUGUUAACCUUAGAACACAACUUUAAGGCAUAUUUAUAUUGAACUUGGUUUGGAAUUUCCAGGCCCACCUAUUUGUUUCAUUUAUGUUCGGGGUCUGUUAGCACUUUAUUCACUUUUUAAGAAAUAAGCAGUUCAAGCAUCGGUGACUUUUUAUUGCACUUCAGGAUGAUCCUGCUAGAGAUGUGGCUUAAAGAAGACUUGCCAAAUUAUACCUUAGUGACAUUCUACAGUCCAUAGAUUUUCUCCACCAGCAUAAAUCAGUGAGAGUGCCUCGGGUCUUUCCUAGAGUUUCAUUGCCAUUACUUAUCACCAAGAGAAGUUUAAAUCUACAAUUCUUGAGGUUAUUUUCCUAGAUCGAUAACAAUAAGAAAGUGAAUCAACACUGUUAAGGUCACAAACAUUUGCUAGGUUGUCCUUCUCAAUGCAUGUGCAGGCUGCAUCCUGUCCUUGUUUUUAAGCCAGGGUUUAUAAAUAAGUAGAUUUAUACCAAUCUUAAUAGAACUGUAUAUUUUAUGCAAGAAUUAAAUGCUUUACGACAUAAAUUAUAACUCAGCCCACUGUAAACUUUGGUGGCAAUAUGGAUUUGAAACUCGACAGUUCUCUUGUAUUUGCUUCCUAGGUUUCUGCAUGCAAGUGGUGACAGGUAGGACUGAGAAACACUGCCUUUUGACUUCUAGCAUUUAGCAACCGAGAGUUGUAGAGUCAAUAAAGCUGUAAGUCUCUUCACUUAAUCUGUGGUUCUUCUGAAACUAUUAUCUGAAACCUACAGCAUCCCACCAUGAAAAAUAUUGGGUAAAUUUAUGUUGUGAUGUGUUACAGCAUGUAAAUAAUUAUAACUUCUCUGCAAUAAAACAUAUUUAUAUGAAAGUGA